AUGUCUCGCCUCGCCGCUGUCGCGCACCAAAUCCCCAGCCGCGGCUUUCAGUCGCAGAGCGAUGGUGGGCGAUUCCGAGGCGCGACGAUCCGCCGUUAUUUUCCCGACAGACUGAUAAAAAAAAAUUGGGCGGCACUGUGCAAAAACCUGUCGCUCAUCUUGCACAGUGCAACAAAGAAGGCUAAAAUUUCCAUUGCACUGUGCGAAAAUUCCAAACCGUCAGACUGCACGGUGCAAUGGAAACAACGAAAAAAAAUCGAGCGGCACUGUGCAAAAAAUUGUCGCUCAUUUUGCACAGUGCAAAAAAAUUUUCCAAAAUUCCCAUUGCACUGUGCAAAAACAUCAAAAGUUCAAUCCGCACGGUGCAAUAAAAAGAACGAAAAAAUCGCAUCUGCACUGUGCAAAAACCUGUCGCUGAUCUUGCACAGUGCAAAAUAAUUUUCCAAAAUUCCCAUCGCACUGUGCGAAAACCCCGAAAGUUAGUUCUGCACCGUGCAACGGAGGAAAAAAAAGUCAUCGCUCGUUUUGCACUGUGCGUAAAAUGAAAAAGUUUGAGUUUGCACAGUGCAAAAUAAUUUUCCAAAAUUCCCAUUGCACUGUGCGAAAAUUUGAAAAUUUAAUAACUGCACUGUGUAGCGGAGAAAAAAAAAGAAAAAAAAAGUUUGAGUUUGCACUGUGCAAAAGGGAAUUUUUGCCACACAUUUUUUUGUUUUGAAAAUUAAAAAAAAUUUUUUUUUUUUUUUUUUAUUCUUCGCGGAAAUUUUUUUCACCCCAAAAUUCAAGUAUAACAUCCAUUUUUCAGCAAUGUUCGAGGACAUUGACAUCAACGAAAACGAGGUGCCAGUCCGCCGUCCCUCCGCCCAGAUCCGCCAAUUCAACCCCGAGCCCCAUCUGGUUGUAAUCAACAAGAAUUUGAAUGGUAAGCGAGCUUUUCCUUUGUUUUUCUGCAGUUUUACUGGAUGAAUUAAAAUGGAUUUAAAAAUGUUUUUUGGAAAUUUCUUUUUCCUAUUUUUAGCCGACUUUUAAGUGGAUUAUGGUAUUUUGAAGGGCUUUUAGGGGGUUUUUAAAACAUUUGGAAGGGAUUUGGGAUAAAAUCCUCGAGUUUUUGGAGUACCUAGUAGUCUCUUUUUGACUGCACUGUGCGAAAAAAUUUAUUUUUGAGCGCACGGUGCAGUCAAAAAUUUUUUAUUAAAUCUUGCACAGUGCGGAAGUUUUGAUAUUUUUGAAUAAAAAACGGCGUGAAAACGCUAAAAUACGAUUCAUUUUUUACGUUUGUGACAACUUCUCAUCCUCCAGAGGUUAUCUUUCAAUUUUUGAAAUUUAAAAAAAAAAUAUUUUUUGCGUAUAAAAUGUCGCCUUUCUGUUUUGAAUGGGUAAAAUACGGUGUAUCGCAUCCGUUUUAUUAUUUUAUAUGCCAUUAUAAGUUAUUUGUGAUUUAAAAAAUCAGUUUUUUAUCAAUUCUUUUCCGGUUGCACUGUGCAGUCAAAAAAAAAAUUUCAUUGCACUGUGCGAAAUGUUUUUUUUGAAGAAAAAUAUGUUUAAUAAAGUUAAAAUACGAUUCUAUUUUGUAUGCCGACAUUUCAUUUCGGACAGCGACAAGAUUUCAAAAAAAAAAAAAAAAAUAAUUUUAAUUUUUUUCGUAUAAAAUGACGACUUUUUUUUACUCUGGGUAAAAUACGUCUUUUUCUUUGUUGAGUUACUCCUUAUAAUAAAAAAAUUUCAAAUUUUUCGACUCACAUCAAAAUCUCAAAAAAAAAUUAUCGUAUAAAAUGUCACCUUACACUAAAAUCUCUCACAAAGUCUGAUAUGAGUUUUUCAGGCUUCGGAUUCAACGUGAAAGGCCAAGUCAGCGAAGGUGGACAACUCCGAAGCAUCAAUGGCGAACUGUAUGCCCCUUUGCAGCACGUUUCAGCCGUUUUAGAGGGCGGAGCCGCGGAAAAGGCCGGUCUAUUGCGAGGCGAUCGUAUUCUGGAAGUGUAAGUUGAAUUUUUUCUCUAUUUUUAUAGCGUAUUUUACAGCUCUGAAUCGUUUCUUUUUUAUUUUAUUUUGCACCGUGCGGUUUUUUCAAACUUGUCAAUUGCACUGUGCAAUCCAAAAUUUUGGAAAUUGCACUGUGCGAAAAUUUUUUUUUGUUGUCACUGUUGCACUGUGCAGUCAAGAAUUGAUGAAUUUUUUUCGCACCGUGCAAAAAUCAAAAAAAAAUUUUUUUGCACGGUGCAGUCCAAAAUUUUAGAAAUUGCACUGUGCGUCGAUGAAUUUUUUUGCACCGUGCAAAACUCAAAGAGCAAUUUUUUUUGCACGGUGCGGGCCAAAUUUUUGCGAUGAAAACAUUUUUGUUUUUAACGCACAGUGCAGUCAAAGGCGGAUCGCAAAUUUUUUCGCACUGUGCAAUAAAAUAUUGUUUUCGUUCGCACGGUGCAGAACUCAAAAAACAAUUUUUUUGUUUUGCACGGUGCAGCCCAAAUUUUGGAUUUUUGCACUGUGCGAUAAAAAAAUUUUUUGUUUUUAACGCACAGUGCAGUCAAAUGCGGAUCGCAAAUUUUUUUGCACCGUGCAGUUUGUUAGAGAUUGCACUGUGCGAAAAAAAUUUUUUCUUUCGUUCGCACUGUGCAGAACUCAAAAAAAGAAAUUUUUUGUUUUGCACGGUGCAGUCCAAAUUUUGGAUUUUUGAACUGUGCGAUAAAAAAAUAUUUUUUGUUGUCACUGUGGCACUGUGCAGUCAAGAAUUGAUGAAUUUUUUCGCACUGUGCAAAAUUCAAAAAAAAAUUUUUUUUUUGCACUGUGCGGUUUUUUAGAGAUUGCACUGUGCGAAAAAAAUUUUUUUUCUUUCGCUCGCACUGUGCAACCCCUCUGACUAUAUGAAUCAACACACUGAACCGUCUUUCGGCAUUUAAUUGUAAUAAAAUUGGCUACAAAAUUUGCUGUUACUAUGGUAACUUUUUCGAUUUUAAUAAAAACAAUUUUGGCGGGCAUUGCGUGCCUUUUUUUGAUGUUAUUGCGGGUUUAAUUGACUUUCUGCCUCGGGGUAAUUGCCUCAGGGCACAUGCAAAAUAAUCGAAAUCUCGCCGAAAAGUUAGUGUAAAGUGGGAUUACUGUAGAAUUCAAGACAAUUAUGGAGAUUUUUUGGAUGUUUGGUCGGUGUAAUGUGGCGUGGCUUAGUUUUUAGGCUACAAUAUCUUAUAUAAGCGAAUAAUUUUUGGUCUAACCCCUCAGGGCAAAUUUCUUUGGGAUUUUUGAAAUUUCAAAAUGCCAUAAGUCCAUAAUUUCUUUGAAUUAGGUUCUGAAAUUCGGUAAGAUUGUUUAGAAAAUUAGAAUCUUUUAGUCUUCUGGGUUGGAGCCAAUUUGGUUAGGAAUCAGAAAUUUUAUACGCUGAGACAUGUUCGAUCCUAUAAAAUGUCCCACAAACACGGUACUGAAAAACGGUUACUUUUAGUUGAAAAAGGCAACUUCAGGCUAUCAAUUUGCACAUUGUUGAAGACGCGUCUCCAUUAAGAAUUUAUACGACGAAACAUGUUUCAUCGUAUAAAAUGUCUCCAAGGCGUCCAGAAAGAUUAAACCUUGCUGUAUUUUGGUUACGUGACAUUUGGCUGUCGUUUCUUGUAAUGACAACACGACUGUGAUAAGUUAUACGAUGAAACAUGUUUCGUCGCAUAAAAUGUCUCCAAGGCGUCCAGAAACUUUAAACUCGCUGUAUUUUGGUUACAUCACUUUUGGCUGUCGUUUUUUGUAAUGACAACACGACGGUGACAUUUUAUACGAUGAAACAUGUUUCAUCGUAUAAAAUGUCUCCAACACCAUUUUCUAAUUUUUGAUUUCAGCAACGGUGCCAACGUCGAAGGUGCAACACAUCGACAGGUGGUGGAGCUGAUCCGACAAGGAGGGGAUCGUCUUCAGCUGGUCGUAAUCUCCGUGACCAGCGACAUGUUAGAGGAAGAGAGCUACGAAGACGAAAGCCAGCCAUCUCUGAAAUACGACUACACCGAGAAACGCUCUCUUCCGAUCACUAUCCCCACAUAUCAACGGGUGCAAACGAUCGGCGAGGCGUUUAUUGCGUUCAAUUUGCACAUGGCUGGAAGGCAUUUGGGGAGUCGGAGGUGAGGAAAAAACGGGAUUUUUUGAGGAAAAAUGGGAGAAAUUGGCUUGUUUCUGAGUCUAACACACACAAAAAAUCAAUUUGCGCUUUGCACCGUGCAAAAUUAAAAAAUUUUUUUGCUGCACGGUGCGGUCAAAAUUUUGGAAAAUUUCCGCACUGUGCAGUCAAUUUUGGGGAAAACUGCACGGUGCAAUGAGAGUCGGAGAGAAAUCGCACUGUGCGCGGAAGUUUGUCGCUUUCGGAAAUGAUUGCACAGUGCAAUUGAGAUUUUUGUUUUUUGCACUGUGCGCGGAAGUUUGUCGCAUUUCGGAAAUGUCUGCACGGUGCAAUUGAGAGUUUUGCUUUUUGCACUGUGCAUGAAACUUAUAGGAGAGUGCAAACUGCACAGUGCGGGGAAUUUAUGGCGAAAUUUGAAUUUUUGAUGCUACUUUUUGAAAUUUUGAACGUAAAAAAAUUUCUUAUAGUCAAAAAAGGUUGUAAAAUUCAUUUUUUUUCGAAAAUUUAUGAAUUUUUAAAAAUUAGCAUAAUUUAAAAAAAUUUGCAUAUUCACCCAAAAUCUCUCAAAAUUGCCCACAAAUCGCCUGUGGGUAAUUUUGCGAAUUUCUUAUAGUCAAAAAAGGUUGUAAAAUUCAUUUUUUUUUUCAAAAAUUUACGAAUUUUUAAAAAUUUGCAUAAUUUCAAAAAUUUGCAUAUUCCCCCAAAAUCUCUCAAAAUUACCCACAAAUCGCCUGCACCUCAAUUUUAACCCUCCAAAUUUCAGAUACAGCGAAUUCGUCACGUUGGACCGUCUUCUCAAAGAAGAAUUCCCCGACUUCCAAUUCCCCAAAUUGCCCUCAAAAUGGCCCUUCCACAUGACGGAACAGCGGCUGGACGGGCGCCGCAGAGGCCUGGAGACCUACCUCGAAAAGGUCUGCACCAUCAAAGUGAUCGCGGACUGCGAUAUAAUGCAAGAAUUCUUGAUGGAAGACUCCCCUCCCGUCCACAGCAACCUAAAUGUCGCCCUGAGGGUCCUAUUGCCCAAUCAAUCGGCCAUUCAACUGAGUGUGAAUCGAAAUGCCGACACAAUCACGGUGUUCGACAUGGUCAUGAAGGAAUUGAGUAAGGAGUUUGGAUAUUUGAAGGUUUUUUGAAUUUUUCACAGUGCGAAAUUUAUGAUUUUUUUGCACGGUGCAAAAUUUAUGAUUUUUAUGCACAGUGCGAAAUUUGGGGUUUUUUUGCACAGUGCAAAUUUUUGAAUUUCGCACAGUGCGAAUUUACAAUUUUUUUGCACAGUGCGAAAUUUAUGAUUUUUUUGCACAGUGCAAGUUUUACGAUUUUUUGCACAGUGCGAAAUUUCUGGUUUUUGCACGGUGCAAAAUUUAUGAUUUUUUUGCACGGUGCGAAAUUUAUGAGUUUUGCCCGGUGCAAAUUUUAGAAUUUUGCACAGUGCGAAAUUUAUGAGUUUUGCACGGUGCAAAAUUUAUGAUUUUUUUUGCACAGUGCAAAUUUUUGAAUUUUGCACAGUGCGAAAUUACAAUUUUUUGCACAGUGCGAAAUUUACAAUUUUUUUGCACGGUGCAAGUUUUACGAUUUUUUGCACGGUGCGAAAUUUAUGAUUUUUUUUGCACAGUGCAGAUUUUUGAAUUUUGCACGGUGCGAAAUUUAUGACUUUUUUGCACGGUGCAAAUUUUAUAAUAUUUUUCGCAAGGUGCAAUUUUUUGGUUUUGCACAGUGCAAUCUCUUAAAUUUUUUGCACGGUGCAACUGAUUUGAAACUGCACUGUGCGAUUUCCCAAUUUUUUGCACAGUGCAGUCCCCUUUUUUGCGAUGAAAUUUCAAAACUUUGCACCGUGCAAUCGCAAAAUGUUGCACUGUGCGAAAUUCAAAAAUCCAUUGCACCGUGCAAAAUGAAUAUUUUUUUGCACAGUGCAGUCCAAAAAAUUUUUUGCACAGUGCAAUUUGCAUCUUAUAAAAACUUUUCAAACUUGCUCUAAACAACUCAAAAUUCAUUUUUUUCAGACUUCUCACCCGAUGCCAAACGUUACUGCGCCUUGUUCGAGAUGAUCGAUACGACGUUUGAGCGCAAAUUGAAAGCGCGAGAAUGCCCUCACAAUAUUUAUAUUCAAAACUAUUCGUCGGCCGCUUCCUCCUGUAUUCUCCUCAAGAAAUGGUGUUUUGACAUUGACGUGGAACGCGAGAUUUGUCGGAAGGAUGCGGGAUUCCGAAGACUUUGCUUUCAUCAAGCUGUAAAUGAUGUUAACAUGGGCCAUGUGGAGGUUAAAAAAGACAAGUUGUAUCAAUUAAAGGUGAGAAUUGAGAUGAUUUUUCGUUGAAAUGAUGGAUUUUUGACGAAUUUUCCGGAGAGACAUUUUAUACGAUGAAACAUGUUUCAUCGUAUAACUUGUCACCAUAUAGUUAUGGUUUAUUUUGUUUAGCCUCUAAAAAUUGAUAAGUCAAUGGUGUUUGAUCAUUUUUAGGCUUGUAUUUUUAUGCAUUGAGGUCUUGGAGACGUUUUAUACGAUAAAUCAUGUUUCAUCGUAUAACUUGUCGUUUAUUUUGUUCAGAACCCCUAAAAAUUGAUAAGUCGAGGGUGUUUGACCAUUUGUGGAAUUCUCGUUUUAUGUUGAGGUCUAGGGGUGAUUUUAUACGACCAAACAUGUUUUAUCGUAUAACCUGUCGCUAGAUGGUUUAUUUUGUUCAGAACCCCUAAAAUUUGAUAAGUCAAUGGUGUCUGACCAUCGGUAGACUUGUCUUUUUAUGUAUUGAGGUCUAGGAGAUAUUUUAUACGAUAAAUCAUGAUUCAUCGUAUAACUUGUCGCUGCAGAGCUGAUACAAUAAAAAACACCUAGAAUGAUAAAUUAAGAACUUUUCACAAACCCCUUAACGAUUUUCAAAACUUUUUCAUGUACAGGAGGCAACUUAUACGAUCAAACAUUUUUUCCUCGUAUAACAUGUCUCCAAAGCUCCAAAAUCAAAAAAUGUGUUAUUCACUAUAAAAUUUUCAGGCUCUACAAUCCGAGGAGACGGCCGAUCAAUAUUUGGAAGCCUUGCGGGAAAUGGAAGGGUAUUCCGAAGCCAGUUUCCCUCCAGCUGAUUUCCACGCAAACAACCGAGUUGGAAUUGUAUAUUUGCGAUUCGAUUUUGACAAAAUGAACAUUGCAUUGAAAUUCGCAGAAUCUAAGAAGGUAAGAAAUUUGGAUUUUUUGCUUUGCGGAAUUGUUUUUGGGGUUCGCUUUGACUCUUGACCCAUGCUUUUCAGUGCUGAAUAUUUCGACCGCGCUUUGAGAUAACGGCCUGAAAUUUUCAGCGAUUAACUCAUAAAUAAGCUAGUUUGUUCGUGGAAAAUUUCAAGAAAAUCCGACCGUUCUGCUUUGAGAAAUUUGCAUUUAAAUUAUAUUGUACUAGCCCUUCUCUUUCCAGGAGAAACAACUCGAUUUGGAAUGGUCGUAUCUUCAAGAUUAUCAAUUGAGCAGUGACAACGCUUCGGUGAUGCUUCGAAUUCAACGAGACAACGUCGUUGAGCCCCUAUUUAUCAACACGGAAUACGCAGAAUACGUUUGUGACGUCAUUGACCGAGUAAUGUUCGAACGGGAAAAGCGAAACCACGACGCGCCCGAAUUGAAAGCCAUUGAUAAUAUUGAGAACGCAGAGACUACUAAGGCAUAA